AUGCAACUCUCUAGCCUUCGUGGCACUUUGGUGGUUUUCUUAAUCGCAUACCUUAACACCGAUGUUGCUGCGAUCUCGAGAGAUGAUCUCGAGACACACCGGCUGCUGCGAGCGGCUACGAAACGGUCAGACCUCUACAGGAGAGGCGUGAGGAUCACCAAGAGAUUUGAGACCGAAUUGUCUUACGUUGAGAAUGAGAACGUCUGGAAUGACGAGUCUACAUUUGCUUCACAGGUCAAAGUCAGCUCGCAGAAACCUCUGCUCAAUUUGGAAGAGCAUGAACACCAUCUGCAAGAUGUACAGUGUGACGACGACACGAUGAAACUGCACUUUGUAGAUACUUCCUCAGCACGAGAUGCCCGAUCGGCUUGUCAUGGUGCUCAUGGAGGCCUAAUCAUUACGUCACAUAAGAGCUGUAACAAGGAAGGUGAACGAUCGGUAUAUCAGGUACAUGACGUGUCAUUCGCUAAGGAUGGAGAAGCCCUUGAGCUAUCCGUCUCGAAGACGACAUGGCAAGCAGCAUUUGACUACGUGGACAUCUCAUUUGGUCACACUACGGAGAACCACGUAUACCGGCGCCAUUCCGACUUUACGAGGCUCCGCCGCAAGCGACAGAAUAGGAUCGACAUACCUGCAGACACUCCCGACGAUGUCAACACUGUUGCCUUUGACCUGGGAUCAGAGCUUCUCAACAAGACCUUCGGCCUUGAAUCCUUCUUGUCAGCGAUUUCUCCCGGCAACCCAGUGCCCGAAUCAUCGGUACCAAUUGAGAUUGGAUGUAAGAGGUGUACGACAAGUGGACAGCUCGCUCUUACACAGGGCGCCUUCAAGAUUGACGCUUCACAAAUUGAUCUGAUUCCGGACACCUUCGAAGGAGGAGAUGAUGGGAAGGAAAUCACGAGUGUGAUUACUGGUGGCUUCGUCGAGCUUGUGGCUACUGGUGUUGGUGCACGACUUGAGUUGUUUGCCAGACCAGUCAGCUCUGGUGAAUUCGAGAUCACCUUGUUCCAGGUUCCAAUUGCUGGUUUCGUGAUUCCUGGCGUUGGCAAGGCUGGAGCUAUCUUUGAGCCAAGGAUUGCGUUCGACUUUGAGCUGAGCGGUACACUCGAAGUCAACUACGGGCUUGAGGUCACGGUUCCUGAUGGUUCCAGCCUCCGAGUGGAACUUACGGAUCUUGCCAGUAGCAGUCUCACUGGUUUCCAGGAGUCCAGACUCACUCCGUUGCCUGUCGAAGUCAAUGUGACUGAUGCAGAGAUUCUACUCGGUCUCGCCUUCGUACCUUCGAUACCGAUUGGGUUCGAAUUCCUGGAUCAGCUGAAGGCUGAAAUAACACCUUCUUUGCAGUUACCCCGUCUGGACGCGAAGCUAUCGAGCAAGAUUGCAGAGAACUGCGGUAAUGGCAGUAACAACACUCAUUCAGAUGCGCCAUUUGCGAACCACACGGCAGGACUAUCCCCCGAACUCAUCAAAUUAGGCCCUCUGGCCUUGGUCGAAGCAAACGUCUCUCUUUCGAUCGAUAUCGCUCUAGACGUUUCCUUGCCACCCCUUCCACCACCUUUCAAUGCAGUUGGAAUUGAAGAGAAUAUUUUCACGGCAGUCUUCCCUUUGUUAUCGUCCUGCGCAUCGCCCGACGAUGCUUUCAACAACGCUACAGGCGUCGUAAUCCCUCCCUCAAUGGCUAGCCACAACGCCACGGCACCGAUGCUGAACGCUACCAUGGGAAUGGCGCGUGCUGAUAACACAGCCGCACUUGUCAGUGAAGAGGCGGCGGCUCCGACACUUGACCGGAGCAUCUCUUUUAUAUUCGCUAGUGAUGUGGUGUCUUCGACUUCGGAGUUGGUUGCUACUUCGACGCCGAUCAGCACUAUCUUGUCAGCAACCUCUCUCACAAACUACUUCGACACGGGCAAGUUAUACUGCUUACACAAUUUCUUCACUGAGCACUACUUCUACAAUAGUGAGCGAGACAGUUUCCACGCCUUGCACUUCUUCUCUGUUAUACCCUACUUCGACGAUUGCGAUCGAGAAAACCUCUACUACUUGUACUACUUCUCUAAAACCCACUUCGACACUGAUCGAAUACACUGUCUCUGCGACAUCAUCACCAUGUACUACUACAUCGACAGCGGCCUAUGGCUACACCACAUCGUCAACGUCCCCUCUGGAGACUACGACAACGCCAUGCGACACUACUCGGACGAGUCUUACCACAAGAACAACUUACAUCACUGUGCCUGA